AUGAACCGUCGGAGUUGGCUGUCGCUGCUCCUCGGCACCUGGCUGGGGCUUUCCGUGGCGAGGCUCGCCUUCGACCUCGUCGGCAAGCUUUGGCUUCCUGUCGCUUUCGACCUCCUGCAGGUCCGUGGCUUUUUUUAUGAAAUUGGAAACUGUAUCUUGUCGUUGUGCCCUUCUUUAUCACAAUAUAGGCUUCAAAACGUAGAGAUUCAUUUUUCUGAAACUUUUCUGUAGAAUCUUUUUUUAUAUUCUUCUGUAAAGUCAACGUCAUCCUGAACUUCAAAUUUUCAUAUCUCGGCUCAAAAAUCUCAGAAUCGAGUAAAGUAAAGUUUUUUUUAUUUUGUUCAAGGGGUCCUCUUUCAUAUAGAACCAUCUAAUGCCCUCAAGAACCCAGAGGGUUCUCAAAAAAUCAAUUUUUCCUUAUGUGUCAAUUCUGCCAGUCAAAGCUUCAAAAAUUCAUAUCUCCGCCUAGAAAGCUCAGAACCCGGUGAAAUACAUUUGGGUUUUAUUGUGUUUAAGGGGUCGUCUUUCAUAUACAACCAUCUGGUAUCUUGAAAAACCCAGAGGGUUUUCGAAAAAUCAAUUUUUCCUUAUGUGUCAAUUUUGCCAGUCAAAGCUUCAAAAAUUUAUAUCUCCACUCAGAAAGCUCAGAAUCUGGUAAAAUAAAGGGUUUUAUUGUGUUUAAGGGGUCGUCUUUCAUAUACAACCAUCUGGUAUCUUGAAAAACCCAGAGGGUUUUCGAAAAAUCAAUUUUUCCUUAUGUGUCAAUUUUGCCAGUCAAAGCUUCAAAAAUUUAUAUCUCCACUCAGAAAGCUCAGAAUCUGGUAAAAUAAAGGGUUUUAUUGUGUUUAAGGGGUCGUCUUUCAUAUACAACCAUCUGGUAUCUUGAAAAACCCAGAGGGUUUUCGAAAAAUCAAUUUUUCCUUAUGUGUCAAUUUUGCCAGUCAAAGCUUCAAAAAUUCAUAUCUCCACUCAGAAAGCUCAGAAUCUGGUGAAGAAAAGUCCUUUACUGUUUUCAGAGGGUCCUUUUUUCAUAUAGAACCGUAUGGAACCCAUAAGAACCCCUAGGGCUCUCGAAAAAAGGCUCUUCAAAAUAAUCAUUUUUUCGUAGAAAAUUUCGAGCCUCUAGUUUUCCGAUCCUUGCUGUAUAUAUUCAUUUUAAAAUUCGAUCCUGCCCUUCACCAGAGAAGGGUUCUAGCUACAAUAUUCAGCUUAAUUUUUUUUUGAGCUUGAUUAUCCUUGAAAAGAGUUGAAUUGCGAUCCUUCACGUACCUAAAAGUCGAAAAAAGAAUGGAAAGUUGCGUCGAUCGCCGCUAUGCGAUAAUGCUGCGCCACUCAGGCCCGAGGAGUGCCACGGGAAAAUAUCCGGCCUGCCGGUCUCCACCUGCCUUUCUUCGUUUUUCUUCGCCUUUUUUUCUCCUUUCUCGUUCCGCCUCUUCAAAUCGCCCACCUGCCGGUGAUCUUAAAAGCUUUCCGGCUGUAUUUACAGGCGUUGUGCGGUCAAGCAUGGACACUUGAGAAUUUGGACCUUGGUCAGGGAGAAUAAUUGCAUUUCUAGCUUGGUAAUGACACCUGCUAGCUGGGGGAUGAGAAAGUGUGUUUUGAUACGUUUCUGAGAAUAGAUAAAUGCUUUCUUAUAGUCGAAGACUUCAAUCCACCGUACACCGGCUUAAUUGUUUUGAUUAUGAAAGCUUUCAUUUUUUUAAAUCAAAAAAAUAUGUCAAGUUUUUUUAUGUAUCAAAUUCAACAAAAAGUCCUAGAAUCGAAAAACGCUGGCAUCUCUGUACCCUCUCGUCUUUACGUUCUGUUUUUAUUUUUAUGACGGACUCAGUGAGAGAAAAGAGAGCGCAGAUAGGCCAGAAUUUUCUUCGUUAUGAUUUUUUUUUUCUUUCUCUUUUUGAACUAGCUUUUAUAAGCAUUAGAUUUUCCUCUAAAAAAAAGAAAUACAUUUUUGUUUCUAAAGUAACUUUUAAAAAUUGGUACUUGGUCAUUGUCUCAUUAUUUUCCUGUGUAGAGAAUGUUUGGCUUGUCCUUGCUUAAAAACUAAGUUUUUUUUUAAGCAAGGACAAGCCAGUGACCAAGUACCAAUUUUUAAAAGUUGCAAAUACCUUUCACGAUUUACGUGGAGCUUUUGAGCAGGAAAAUAAUGAGUCUGGUUUUUUGUUUUACCAAUGAUUAGAACGCAUUAUUCCAGUUAGAAGGCAUAAAAAAAACUUUUUAUUUUUGCACGCUCAACCUUUCUUUUUUAUGAAUCCAAAACUGAAGCUAAAGACACGAGUAAAAGUCACCGGAAUGCGACUUUUACCACCCGUGGCUCGUCCUUGUUUGUGUUGGCAUCAGUUGUUGGCCACCGCCUGGCCGCACCUGUACAUAUUUCGGUCGACAAACAAACAUUUCGCCUUGAAAUAUGCAAAUUCAUUUUUCAUUCAUGGAGCUAGCUCAAAAGUGGGAUGGAAGCAUAGUUUCGGGAAUUUUCCUGUGGAAAUAUUUCUUUUGAAAGUUUAUUUUCUCCUCAUUUUAUCUUUAGUGAACGGUAUUAGGUAAACUUCUUAAAAGUCUGACCGGUCUGCGCUCUUUUCCCUCGCAGAAGGUCACGAAAAGUAGAAAUAGCACUUGAAUACCAGAGAGUCACUGAGAGCAGAGGAAUCAGACUUUUUCAAGCAGUGGCGCAUUUUUCGAAGUAUUUCUCAAUAUUUUAAUUUCGCAAUGGCACUUUCUCUGCGAUAUCUGCAAAAAAAGACGUUGUUAAUCUUUCACGGCCACUUGACUAGGCAUUGUUUGCUUAAAUAUUUGCUGUCUUUAUUUAUUACCCUCUUAGGGAGUUUUGAUUUUUGAUAAUGAUCAAUAAUCUCAAAGUUUUAUUUUCGAUUAGCUCGAACUUUCGAUUAUUUUAAAAAAAUACAGUAAGCACAUCAAAAAGAAGUUUUGAAUUAACCUUAUAUUGAAUUUCUGAAACCGUGAAGGUAUUUUUAAACAAAAUUUUCCCGAAAUAAUUUCAAGGUUUCCAAUUUCGAUUUUUUUUUAGGCCGAAUUUUUCAGAAAACUAAUGUCUCUGCGAGUUUUCGAUGACUUGCAAGAGUUGUUCAGGAUUUUUCAACCUAAAAAAUUUUUUGAAGCCUACGGUUACUAUACUUAUGACGAAAAAUUUUAUUUUGAGGGAAAUAUUUUUUUUUUCCUUUUCAAAGAAGGCUUUUUCAAAUCACAAAAAAACGUUUUUAAACCAAUUUUUUUAGUGUUGAAAAACUCAGAUGACGAAGCCAUAUAUCAGGCUUUUCGGUUAUCAAUCAAAAACCUUAUCACCAUUGCCCCGGAAGAAAACUUUAAGCCUGUUUGAGACAAGACCCCUUGAUUUUCCUGGAAAAGAAAAGCGAUAGGGAAUAUAAUUCCCUUUUACAAUUGACCAUAACGGUUUUCGCGACGGGAUUUACGAGGUUUAGGUUGACACACGCUGAGCUGACCUAAAUAUUGAGGAUUUCGGGUUGUUCUCCCGUUCGUUUUAAGCUUUCUGGGGUUCUUUGGUCAUAGUUGUGGAUCUGUAAAAAAUGGCUGAAUAACGAGAAAAAUAUCAAAAAUUGAUUUACAAGGGAGGUCGUUUCACUCUGCGGUUGGGAUUUUUCUGAAACUUGGCUAGAACGCUCCUUGAUUUACCAGAAGAAGAUUCUGAAAGUUUCAAGCUGCAGAACUCUCUAGUUCUCGUGAAAUAGGGGUCUAAAGCCUCAAAAUAGCUCAUUUUUAUAGAUUUUGAGAGUUUUCUUUGAACUUUUUUUGAAGUCUAGGAAAUUGUACAGGUCGGGACUUUCAGGAUUUUUCUUCUGGUACAUCAAAGAGUGUUCUGGCCAAUUUUCAGGAAGUUCCCGACAGCAAAUAAAAUGACUUCCCCUGUAAGGCAAUUUUUGAGAUUUUUCUCGGUAUUCAGCCAUUUUAAACAGAUUUUUGAAUUUUUCAGAGUAGAAAAAAUGAAUUGAAAGGUAUAGUUUUGAUAAGAUCUUGUUAGAAGUAAUCCCAGGGUUUUCAAAACCAAGGGAAAAAAGAAAGUACAAAAAAUUGCCCUUUGGGGCCUUGAGGAAAAGGGUCUCACAUAGAUGGCGACUUUUACCCUCGAAAUUCAAAAAUUUGAUUAAAAAUUAGACUUUUUACCGAUUUUGAAGCUCCCAAAAAUAUUUCGAACACGGAAUUUUCACUAGUUGAUUGAGAAGAAGCCGCCGGAUAUUACCGCAAAAGGGCGCUCUGGGCGACGGAUGCGGUUUGACCGGCCCGCCGGGCGUUGACCAAUAUUUGCGCUACCUAUCUUCUUCAGUUACAUACGUCGGCUUCCAUCGAUUUGCUUUCGUUUUUCGGGCUUAACUCGGAUGUCUUGCGAGUAGUACCUUUUGGGGGGUGGGAGCUUUUCUGAACAGGUUAUGUUGAAUCAAAAAUGUGGAACCUUUUUUGGAGGGCGUGGUGUUUUUGCACUUAUAGGUCAUUUAUAGGGUUCAAGUGAAUUGGAAAAAUCUAAAAAUUAUCAAAAGCUAAUGGAGAUGAAGAUUUGAGGAUGACAGAAGUAGAACUUAUUCCAGAAAAAAAUAGGAUUUUUUUCAAGUUUCUAGUUAUUUCGAAUGGGACUAGGGUCACUAGAUGUUGUUUUUUAAGCUGAUUUCGAAUCAGAAUUUGAAUAUUGCCACUGAGGUCAUUUAGAAAAGCCGCUCAAGGCUGAAAACAUAGUUUCAUCAAUUUCUGAAGAGUUAUAACUUUUUUUGAAAAAAAGGAAAUGCCAUUUUUCCUACGAACAUUUUCCCAGGCCCGCGGUGAAUAAACUAUAAAAUCGCACAUUGCCAAAAAGUAUUGCCAUUUCCGCACAAAAACUGCCAAAAGAUGAAAGGCGCCGUUUUGAAAUAUUAUUGGCGCGAAAAUGGGGCCGCACUUUCUCAUGAUUUGUUUGCGCGCCUUAUCAUUAUCAGCGCCUCGGGCGGCCGUUUUCACGAUUUGCUUAAUAGGAUUUGGCGUGAACUCGGGAAGGGUCGCGCGCAUUCCACACACAGUUCCCUUUUCUCGGAAAAUUAUAUUUUACAUUUGGGAUUGAGUGAGCCCUGGAGGGGCGAAAAAAAAAUUUUUUUCUUGAGAGAAGUUGAGUGAGCAUCCUCCGGCGAGAGAUAAGAGAGCGCAGACAGGUCAGAGUGUUUCAAAUCGUAGCCGUAAAUUUUUUUAUUUCCCCUUUUUCCUUCCCCCAUUUUUUUCCAGUUUUUUUAAUAUUUACUCACUAGUCCUUUCAUUCCAUUAUAGCUCCCAACCUUUUCCAAUCUGAGCCUUACCAAACAAACCAAAAAGAAAAAAAGAAAAACAAAUCAACAAGUGACCCCAAUCGCCGGCACGACCUUCCGCCCGGUUGAAUGCCAUCGCGGCCGGAAAAUCGGAAAAUUGUCAGCGCCGACGCCAAUUUUCCCGCACCGACAUUUCCGCCUAAUUAUACAGAGAAGAGACAAAUCGUGUACAUGGGACUGUAUAUCAUAGCCAAAUAACUGUCAUUAUACUCGGGAUGACCAAAUAUUGAGGGAAUGAUGGGGCUUGACAAGAUUAGUGAGGAAAUUAUAACUGUGAAAAAUGGGGGUUGGUGGAUUGUUUUAUCAAAUCCCUUGGUAAAGUUCAAAACGGACACGAAGAGGAGAUUGAAAAUGUUAUGGCUACGAUGUGAAACACUCUGACCUGUCUGCACUCUCUUUUCUCUCGCUCGAGAGGUCAUAUAAAGUGGAAAUAGUACAAGUUCAGACUCAUUUUCAUUGGAUUGAAUUUCCCUCAUUUUCUAAUUGUAACUGUCGGGAAACGUAUCUUUCAGAGUAAAUUAAUGGGAAGAAAUAAAUAGAAUAUUUUCAGGUCAUCUGUUGCAUCACGGGUCUUUUCGGCUCUCUGCAAAAAAGGUCCUGCCUUCUGAUUGGUUUGGCCGUUUCCAACGUCCUUUCGACCGUUGAGAAUGUCCUCAUCUUUUUAUGGUAAUUUUUUAUUUUUUGAGGUUAUAAAUAUUCAAGUUUUGGAAGAUUUCUUAGUUGUUCUUUUCCACAGGCUUCGGAGGUCAUAAAUGCUGAGUUUAUUUAAUUUUUAAGCUUUUUUUUACGGAGAAGAAACUUUGAAAAAGGAGGUUCAGAUUUUUGAGGCUUUCAUUUUUUUCCUUCUUAAUUAAAAAAAUUGGUUCUUACUUAUUAUUGCUGAUAAUAACACCAUUUUCUUGAUAACUUGCUGAACCUUUGAACUUUAAUCUUCUAAAAGGAUUUUUUAUUCAAAAGGCCCUAUUUUUGAACAUGAAAAGCUAUUGAUUCCUCCAUUGAAAAUUUCAAAAAAAGAUGUUUUGUAAGAGAUUAUUCUCAUUUUUUAGAAAUUUUAUAAUUUUUCGACAACUCAUUGAUCCUUUGAACAAAAAACGUAUUUUCCCUACAUUUACUCCGUAAACUUUAGCACUUGUGUGUGAGAACUGAAAUAUUUGAUUGAUUGAUUAAUUGAUUUAAAAAAAGCUUAUUUUUUUUCACUUAGAAGUUCCGUUUUUUUCGAAUAUUCCCAUAAAAAAACCUCAUAUCUCAAUAAAUCAGUCUCAAAAUGACAUUGAACCGUUCACCUACUGCUUUUUUUCUGUCUCUCCUUUAUUCUCUGUAAUUACGCCGAAACGGGGGUUGCAAACUGGAAUCAUUGCCGUAUUAUUUGAUGUUCUGAAAGCCGGGCGACAUGCCAAUUUUAUGGCCGUUUGCGAAACGACAGUGCAUUGGUAAUGUCUGUUUGGUUGUUUUGAGGGUGAAAGAUCGGGAGAAUCGCUUUUUUCUUCAGGAUUUUCACCGCCCAAGGUAUUAUCUUGAAGAUAACCCAUUCAUGGUUGGGAAGAAGUUUGAGAGGUUUUCAAUGAAUUGGCUUUUAUAUAAUAUCAUUUUCUGAUAAUUUUUCUGAACGCGGUGGUAAAUUCAGCGUAAAGAUAGGAAUUUUCUAUAAAUUUGCUCAAAAACUCUCUCAAGGGGCAUGUAAAGAUUCGUCAUCCACCUGCGCAAUCACUUUUUUGAAAUGAAGUUGAGUUUUUUCAUAGCUAAUGAAGAUGAAGGGGGGAGGGGGUGGAUAAUAAGAAUAAUAGGUUUAUUUGGAUCUUGGAAUAAUCAGUAAAUUUGAAAAAUCAUAACUCCAGAAAUAAAGCGGGGAUCCGAACCAUAAAAAUUAUGGAAAUUUCGACCUCCCUCGAGAGAGUGAAAAAUAUGGAGAAGUACUGAAGUGAUUUUUUUUUUUGCCAUGAUUCUGGCAUUUCUGAUGAGUUUAGAACUUGGACUACUUUUGAAAAAUGGAAAACCUCGACCACUUUGUGAGGAUUUGAUUCGGAAAAUUUAAAAAAAUCAAGUAGUACAGACUUUACUUCGUAAAUCCAGAGUGGUCCCUUGAGGGCUCUUGGAGGGUCCUCUCUAGGGACCACUUUACGAACUCUUAUUGGGGCCACUAAAGCUUUGGGUUCCAGUGGCCCCUAUAGGGGACAUGCUAGUCGAUAACUGUUAUGAUCGUUUGUGGGAGAAACGGAAUAAAUAAGCAUUUUUGAAUGAAAUUGAAAGAACCCUAUAGGGUCCACUUGAGCUUUAGCGGCUAAGGGGCCUGACCCUAAACCCCUAUAGGGGCCACCUUAAUUUUACUCCUAUGAAGACCACUUUUUCGGCGCCUAUAAAGGUUGUUUCCUCUUGACCCCUAUAGGGACCACUCUGGAAUUUUCAAGUUGCCUAAAAAUCAUUACUUUCAUGUCUCAAAUAUUUCAAAAUUAUUUUUUCAUUUUUCAGGUACGUUGGAAUUUUCGGCGACAUCACCCGACCCAUUCUAUCAGCCGGCCUUCCUUAUUCCUUCUCAUUUUUCCUAAGAUUCACCCCGAACUGCGAAUCUCACUUCGAUUUGAAAAGGUACGUAAGAACUUUCAGUGACUUUAAGCGGCUUAAGAAAGAGAAAAGUGGACGGAUUUUCAGAUCGAUUUGGGUGCAGGGAAAGUGUCUCAUCCCGUUCUACGUCAUCGAGGCGGCGCAGGUAGAUUUUGAGGGUUUUCCGGGGAGACUUUUUGGAAUUGAAGGCGGUGCUGCACAUCCUCUUCGCCACGGUCACCACGAUUCUGGCGGUGAUGACGGUGCUGGAAUGGCGGAAGAAGAGUCAGAGGCCGGCCUCGUCGUCCUUCCAGUCGAUGAGCAGCCAGCCGCAGUACGCUCAGAUCACGCCUUCCAAGGUUUGAAAAGCUAAAGGAGUAGUUUAGUCUGUCCGCCGUGACUUGAAAGUUUUCGAGUGUCUGCGUCUUUAUGUUAUUCAUUUUAGGGUGCACAAAGUCUUGAUAUUUUAUCUUCUGUAGGUUGGUCAUCCGCCAAGCUCGAUCAACGACGGAAGCAGUGGGUACAUGAACUCGACAUACGAAGAGUUGGGACGAACUCAGGCCCAGAAAGUCGCCAACGAAGCCACUCGAAUACAAUACGAGAGGAAUUCAAAGAGGAAACGAGGAAAGAUCCGUCCAAACUCCAUGGUCUGUUACGCCGUCUGAUAUUCAAGAGAAUUCUGAAGUUCAGCCAGCCCCCGACGUGAAGCCGUGCUCCUCGACGCCUGCCGACGAUGCUCAUCUAGUUGAAGACGUCUACACGAAGCCGGUCAAGUCGACGAGGAUCCUGCGGAAUCAGGUAGACUAGCAGAACAACUUGAAUAUUCUGGUCGCAUGUGGAAUGAGUCAACGCGUGGCGGUCGCGCUGCGUAUUAAAUUAGGGGUCUCUGACCGCUCAAACAAUAUGAACCGAAGCCGUUACGCGUUGAGUAAUUCUUACCAGGGAAUGGUCUCUGGUCGCAAAAGGAUUUCUGAAUGAGAUCCAGUUUCCUGGAUGUACUGCGAAAAUCUUUAGUGGCCACUAUAGGGUUUUAGCUUUUUAGUGGCCACUACAGGGUUUUGGCGUUUUAGUGGGCCACUAUAGGGUUUUGGCGUUUUGGUGGCUACUAUAGGGUUUUGGUGUUUUAGUGGGCACUUUAGGGAUCAAUGGACCAACAUAACUGGUCCAAUCUGUUUGUUUUAAAAUGAUCAGAGUUACUGGAAGGAAUACUGGAUGAAAAACUACUGAAGGCGCCACUAAAUAGAGAACCUCCAUAGUGGCCACUAAAACGGAUAGUAGUGGCCACUAUAGAGGUGGGUUUAGUGGCCACUUUAGCGUUCUCUCGAAGUAGUCCUCUAUAGCGGCCACUAAAAAUUUUCCUAUAGUUUUUUACGCUGAUUCCAAAUCUGGUCUCAAAACCUGCCAAGGAGGUCUUUGAAAAAAUUAUGAUAAGUUGAGGUUUUCUAAGAUUACCUGGUUAAUGCGACCAGUCUGGUUCUUACCUUGGGGCUACAAAAAGGUGCUUUAAAGGAUGAUGAGAUCGAACACAUCGAGAUCGACGAAGAGGUGAUUCGAGGUCCGACCACAGUCACGUCUCUUGUCAGUUUCGAUCCGAAAAGUGCGACCCUGCUUCGGAUACGGGAACACUUGGAGUCUGAGGACGACAAGGAGGUAAAAAAAAAACUGAAUUAUUUCACAAGUUCCUGGUUUACAGGUCUACGAAGACAGAAUAUAUGAGAAAAUCCGGUCUCGAUCGGCGGCUGAAGUGCCAAAUGGAGGCUAUCGCUCUCGGAACGGUAGUCAGGUUGGUUUCGAAAGAGGGAUAACAAGUUCCGGAAGAUCUUUGUAUCCCUACUAGAAAAAAUCAGAAUUUUCCAUAGAUCUAGAUCUUCCAGGACUCGGUGCCGACGAUGCUGGCGCCCAUCCUAACGUCUCCGCAGACCUCCAGCGCCGACUCGGGAAUGUUGUCGUCGUCUGGAGAAUGGCCGCUCCACUCGGCGCCUCCUCCAGCUCGCGCCAAGUCCCUCGCCAUCAACUACCAGUUCAAACAGCAGCCUCAGCUGCAGAAGAACCUCAGCCCGGGCAUCAAGCUGUUGAUGGAGCCCGAACGUGGCUUGGGCUCUCCCGGCAUCAAAUUGGCCGACACCGGACCACAGCCAAAGUACAAAAGCGCUUUCCGGCUUCAGACCAAGUCCGACCGCGUCAUCGGCCACUAUCAUUCCCCCAAGGAGAUUCCGCUCUCCAGCAAACCGCUAGCCAUUCAAAAUGACUUCCCUGUGAUUAAAGGCGAAGGCCUUCUGGUUUGA